AGUCUGAACGAUUAGAAAAGGACUCGAUCCUUAUAGUCGGUACAAACGUAUAUUUUGUUAUUUGUAAACAAUGUGAUUACGUCAAAACACCACCGUACGUUUCAUUAUUUUAAAGGUAAGACUGGGAACAAGAAACGUGUCUAUCUUUACCGUUUGUCCACGGAACAUUUUAGGGUCGUUUGUCAAGGCUCUCUAGUUAUGGAGGGGCCCUGUGGAUUUAUGUUAGUAUUAGGGGGUCGUACUGCUCUGAAAGUGGAAUAUUUGUGUUGAAAGCCCCAAACAUGAAGAAGAAGCUCAAUCCACCCCAGCAGACAAAAAUGAAAAAUAUCAGUUUCAAAGAAACACCGGAGACAACAACAGCAUGCAAUUCCAAAAUGGAUGUUGGCAUGACUAUUAAAGAUUAUUCACUGGAUAAGAAGUGUUUACGAAUAUCUCAAAAUGAUGGUUGUUUCUUUAAGUUCCUGAACGAAGACCGUCAAAAGCUGUCAUCAUUUUGUGACACAACUGUCACAGUCUAUGGGAGGAUAUAUCACGCACACAAGGUGGUUUUGGCAUUUGGAAGUGGCUAUUUUCAUUCUAGAUUCAGUGAAAAUCCUGAACUCCAUCAUGUUAGUAUUGAUAACAUGGAGGGCUCCACCUUUGGACAUCUGCUCAACUUUUUGUACACUUCUGAAUUUGAAGUUUCAGAUUGCCAGAUCCCUGCUUUGGCUGAAGCUGCAUGUUUUCUUGAUAUGAUGGAAGCUGUAAACAUUUUAGCAAAGUGGGCAGCACCAGCUCAUGCUGAUGAAGAAAGUGAAAUUCCAGAGAAGAUCCCAGAUUUCCAGAACAUCCAAACUUCAUCCGGAACCAAGUGUUUAUUUUGCAGUCGCACAUUCAAUUACAAAAAAUCUCUGGAGAAUCACUUGGCCAAGACACACAGCACUGGUUGCUAUGAUGAGGAAGAACAAACUGUGAUGAGCACAUCUGUGGUCACAAUCCGCAGAUCUGCACGUCAGAGGAGGGUACCUGCUAAAUUUAAGAGCCAGGAUUGUGAAAACGAGUGUGUUGUAUCUGAAAAGCCCAGCCAAAAAACUGCAAAUGAUGAUGCUGUUACUUAUGAGGAGGAGGAAGAGGAUAAUGAAAGUAAAGAAGAAAAUGAGAACGAGCUGAUACAGCAGGAAAGUUGGAAAGAGGGACAAAAAGAAACAUUUGUAGCUCUGGAGGUUGAGGCUGCAGAAUAUGAAGACAGUAAGAAGCCAAAGGAGACAUGUGUUGCUGAGGCCCAGAAAGAGACUGAAACGGCAUUCAGUCAUGCUGUUGAGGAGCAAGACCAAAGGACAGAGGUCACUAGUCAUAUCUUUCCAGAAGGACUGGCUCCUGUUGUAAUCCAUAGCACCAACAAAAAGGGUCUCAAGUGUCCUAAAUGCGACAAGAUUUUUGAUCGUAAAGGUAAAUACGAGAGUCACACCAGAGUACACACAGGAGAAAAACCAUUCCAGUGUGACAUCUGUCUUCAGUGCUACUCCACCAAAUCAAACCUCACUGUGCACAAGAAGAAACAUGAUAGUGGCACACCUGUUCAAAGGAAAGAGCACAAAUGUCCUAUCUGCAACAAGCUUCAUGCCAGUAAGAAGACUCUAAGCAGACAUGUGAAGAGAUUUCAUCCUGACCACCUGCAGGAGUUUCUCACUCAGAAGAAGAAGAGUGAAGUGUGGAAAUGUGAUAUCUGUCACAAGUCCUUCAGCCGUCGCCCCCACCUGGAGGAGCACAUGAUCUUACAUUCGCAGGACAAACCCUUUAAGUGUGCCUACUGUGAUGACUACUUUAAGUCACGGUUUGCCAGGCUAAAGCACCAAGAAAAGUUCCAUUUAGGACCAUUUCCUUGUGACAUCUGUGGUCGUCAAUUUAAUGACACAGGCAACCGCAAACGUCAUAUAGAGUGCACACAUGGGGGAAAGAGGAAAUGGACCUGUUUUCUGUGUGGAAAAUCAGUUCGAGAAAGGACAACACUGAGGGAGCAUCUAAGGAUCCAUAGUGGGGAAAAACCUCACCUGUGCAGCAUCUGUGGACAAAGUUUUCGUCAUGGAAGCUCCUACAGGCUUCACCUUCGUGUUCACCAUGAGGACAAGCGAUAUGAAUGUGAAGAAUGUGGAAAAACAUUUAUUCGUCAUGAUCAUCUAAAGAAACACAAAAAAAUCCACACAGGGGAAAAAGCACACCAGUGUGAAGAGUGUGGAAAAUGCUUCCGACGUGCCGAUCACUUGACUGUCCAUUAUAAAAGCAUUCACCUGGGAGAAAAGAUAUGGCAAAGGUAUAAAGCAGUAGUGCAUCAGUGUCAAGUGUGCAAGAAAGAGUUCCGGGGGAAGACCAAUCUUAUGUCACAUUUCAGAACACAUUCAGGUGAGAAACCCCACAAGUGUGUGAUCUGUAACCAGACGUUCCGCAUCAAGAAGACUUUGACCAAACACAUGGUCAUUCAUUCAGAUGUACGUCCUUUCAACUGCCCACACUGCAGUGCUUCCUUCAAGCGUAAGGACAAGCUCAAGUAUCACGUUGAUCAUGUGCACAGUGUUCGUCUGCUUGACCUGCAGCAGAAUCAGCCUGCCAGCCCUGCUAACAAGUUAAUCGACCCAUUGCUAUCAAAUAAAAAGUCCAAACCAUGUCAAAAUACAUCUAAGACUGUGCUGCAGAGUGUUGCAGCUGAUGUUUGCGUUCCUGUGACACUGAUUCCUGUACGGAUGACUGAGGAAGCUGAUCUUGCUGUUCAUGGAGUGCCACAUGGCAUUCUUCCAGCUUUGAGCCAGCAACAGCAGAGCUACCAGUCUCAGUCUGCCACUGACUUAGUGUUCUUGGAAAAGUACACUCUCACACCUCAGCCAACCAAUAUAGUGCAUCCAGUGCGAGUAGAACAGAUGUUGGACCCUCGAGAGCAGUCUUACCUAGGCACACUUCUGGGACUGGACUCGGCUACAACUGUACAAAACACGUCUAGUGCUGAACAUACUCAUUAAUUUGUCUUUUGCAUGUCUUUAUGUUCUUUGUGUGAUUUUAUUUUUGUCAUCAGUCUCUAUGUGCUUUCUUAAAGGGAUAGUUCACCAAAAAAAUGAACAUUCUGUCUCCAUUCACUCACUUGUUCCAAACCUGUUUGACUUUUUUUCUGUUGAACAUAAAAGAACACAAUUUUAAGAAAGCUGGAGACCUGUAACCAUUGACAUUCAUGGUAUUCAUAGUUUGCCUUUAAAAGCAUAUUUCGCUCUUAAAGGCUACAUGUACGGUGGCCGAGAGAGCUUAACGUGCUGCAGUUUAAGAAAGCACAUGCAAUUACAAAAAAUAACUGCAAAUAAAGAAACGGAUCUUCAUCAAUUUGACAGCACACAUGUUGCAAAUAGGUCACAACACAAACAACUGAACAAACGUGCAGCAAAUCGGUCUCAACACAAACAACUGAAGAAACGCGCUGCAAAUCGGUCACAACACAACUGAAGAAACGCGCAGCAAAUCGGUCACAACACAAACAACUGAGGAAACGCGCAGCAGAUCGGUCACAACACAAACAACUGAAGAAACUCGCUGCAAAUCGGUCACAACACAAACAACUGAAGAAACGCACUUCAAAUCGGUCACAACACAUACAACUGAAGAAACGUGCAGCAAAUCGGUCACAACACAAACAACUGAAGAAACGCGCUGCAAAUCUGUCACUGCACAUUUCUUCAGUUGUUUGUGUUGUGACCAAUUUGCUGCUCGUUUCUUCAGUUGUUUGUGUUUUGACCAAUUUGCAACACGUGUGCUGUCAAAUUGAUAAAGAUUGUUUCUUUAUUUGCUAGUGUUUUUUUGUAAUUGCAGCUGUUUUUUGCUGGUGUUUUUUAUAAUUUGCUGGUGUCUUUCUUAAAUUGCAGCAUGUUAAGCUCUUUCGGCCACCAUAUGCAUGUACUUUCUAAAGAAAUUCACAUUUGUGAUUUAAAAUGAAAAAUAUAUCAUUUGAAACAUGAGAAGUAAUAAAUAAUUAUCAAAUGUCAUUGUUUUGUGUGUGUGAAACAUUCUUUUAAUGUCAAAGGACCACUGCCUAUUUCUGUAUAUGUAAUGUGCAUAUGUAAAUUUCCAAUAAUUCUCCUUCCGCCAGUCCGUAAAUCUGACAGAAGGAAAUAACCGCAGUGUGAGUAAUAAUGUUAAUUUAAAACAGUAAUUCACUACACCAAACUAAAGUGUCAUAAUUCUUGUGAUUGUAUUCUUGUAAAUAAAGCACCAUGGAACAAUAAGAUAAGAA